GAAAUUAAUUGCUUUCCGAUUCAGAAUUCAAUGGCUCGGCUUAUCUUUCUUUUCCUUGCCUUUCUCUUUCUGAUCACUAAUGUUAUCAUUAUUAGCAAUUGUAAUGGCAACUCUGUUCAUGCGGUCUGCAUUGAGAACGAGAAAGAAGCCCUUUUGAAGUUCAAGCAAGGUAUCGUGGAUCGCACCAACCGACUGGCCUCUUGGCAUUCUGAUGGAGAUUGUUGCAAAUGGACGGGGAUUGUCUGCAACAACGUGACUGGUCAUGUCAUUGAACUCAACCUUAGAGUACCUCCAUUGGAUGACUACUAUGACGAUGAGGCUUAUGAGAGAUCAUGGCUAGGUGGUAAGAUAAGUCCUUCUCUGCUCCAUUUGAAGCAUUUGAGUUAUUUGGAUCUCAGCAACAAUGAUUUUAAAGGAAUUCACAUUCCCAAGUUUAUUGGUUCUUUGGGGAGUCUAAGAUACCUUAACCUCUCCCUUUCAGUAUUUGGAGGGAAAGUUCCUCACCAUCUUGGUAAUCUUUCUUAUCUAAAAUAUCUCGAUCUUGGGAACAAUGAUUUGCAUGUUGAGACUCUCCAUUGGUUGUCUAGUCUUUCUUCAUUGGAGUACCUUGAUUUGAGUCGUGUGAACCUUAGCCAAGCCUCCAAUUGGUUUCAUGCACUAAAUAAACUUCCUUCCUUGGUAGAAUUACACUUGUCACAAUGUCAACUUUCCCAUCAUCAUCUCCAUCCCAUUGCAAGUGUAAAUUUAUCAUCUCUUGCUACCCUUUCUCUUUCUCAGAAUCAUUUCCAAAACUUGUCAAUGAUCAAUUGGGUUUUUGGUCUCAAGAACCUAAUUUCCCUUGAUCUAUCGAAUAGUUAUAUUGAGGGUUUGAUCCCUUAUGGUUUUCAAAAUUUGACUUUGUUGAAGCACCUUGAUUUGUCAAACAACUUUUUCAAUUCCUCAAUACCUAAUUGGUUGUACAAUUUUAGCCCUCUUGAGUCUUUAAAUCUUGAGGAAAAUCUCUUAUCAGGUGAAAUUUCAAGUGACAUAGGAAAGAUGAACCUUCUUGUUGAUCUUGAUUUAUCUUAUAAUAGUUUCAAAGGUCAAAUCCCAAUUAGGUCAAUAGGAAAUCUCUGCAGCUUGAGAUCACUCUCUCUCUCAAGUGUUAAUUUGAGUCUAGACAUAUCAAAUGUCUUAGAAGUCUUUUCUAGGUGUGUUUCUAAUAACAUAGAGUCAUUGGACUUGCAAAUGUGUCAACUCUACGGACAAUUAAGCAACCAAUUAGGGAACUUUAAAAAUUUGAGAAAGUUGGAUUUGUUUAAUAACUCAAUCUUUAGUUCAAUACCAAUAUCCAUAGGAGAGCUUUCUUCCUUAGAAUUUUUAGAUCUCUCUCAAAACAAAUUGAAAGGAAACCUUCCUGAGUCAUUUAGUCAACUUGCCAAUUUAAAAAAAGUUGAUAUAUCAUAUAAUUUUUUUGAGGGUACUCUUUCUGAGAAACACUUUUGUAAUGUCACAAAAUUGUUAAUUUUAAUUGCAAGUGGGAACCAAUUGAUUUUGAAGGUUGAUCCUAGUUGGAUUCCUCCCUUUCAAAUUCAAGACUUACAAUUAAGAUCUUGGACGUUAGGACCGCAAUUUCCGCAUUGGCUUACCUCUCAGACACACCUAGAAUCCUUAGAUAUAUCCAACUGUGGAAUCUCAAGUAUUAUCCCUAGUUGGUUUUUUGACUUCUCUCAUCAAAUGGUGUUUUUGAAUCUCUCUCACAAUCAAAUUCAUGGGCGGCUUCCAAGUAUUUCUACCUUCAACGAUUCAUCAUCUCAGAUUUUCUUUGAUCUAUUUUUCUUAGACCUUUCUAAUAAUCUUCUAUCAGGUUCCCUUUUUAACUUUUUGUGUCUUGGAGUGAAUGAAACCAUGGAUCAAAUGUAUAUUCUCAAACUUAGCAACAAUUUUUUGUCUGGAGAGUUACCGGAUUGUUGGUCCAAGUGGUCAAAUUUAGGGGUCAUUGCAUUAGAAAACAAUAGAUUUAUAGGUAAAAUUCCGAGCUCCAUGGGAAAUUUACAAUCUCUUAACUCAUUGCAUCUUCGUAGAAAUAACUUUUUAGGAGAAAUUCCUAUGUCCAUAAGAAACUGUGCAUAUUUGGAGACCCUCGAUUUUGGUGAAAAUGAAUUGGUUGGGAGCAUCCCGUCAUGGAUGGGUCAUAACCUUCCAUACCUGACAAUCUUGAGCCUUCGUUCAAAUAAGUUCUCAGGGCACAUCCCUAGAGAGUUGUGUGCACUCAAUUUUCUCCAAGUCUUGGACAUUGCUCAUAAUAAUCUUUCAGGAAGCUUACCAAGUUGCAUUAGUAACUUAAGUGCCAUGGUUUAUUCUGCAAAUAGCUCAUUUAGGAACUACAUUUCGUAUUACUCACCAUCAGCAUUUAUUGAGAAUUUAUUUCUUAUGAUGAAAGGCCAGUUUUAUGAAUAUGAUUGGACUCUUAAUUUGGUAAGAGUUCUUGAUUUGUCAGAUAAUAGUUUAUCAGGAGAUAUUCCUUCUGAAAUAACUAGGCUUCAAGGGUUGCUGUCACUAAAUUUGUCACACAACCUUUUCACUAAAAGGAUCCCUCCAAAUAUUGGUGACAUGAGUUCUUUAGAAUCUCUUGAUCUUUCCGUAAACAAAUUGAAUGGGUUGAUCCCUGAAAGCAUGUCCAGAUUAUCAUUUCUAAGUUACUUGAACUUGUCUGAUAAUCAAUUGACUGGCAAAAUUCCUUCAAGUACUCAGUUACAGAGCUUUGAUGCAUCUUGCUUUGCUGGAAAUGAACUUUGCGGCCUUCCACUACCAAAUAACUGCAAUGAAGUUAAUCAUGAAGAAGCAAGCACUAGAAAUAGUGGGGGGAAAGAAAUGGAUGGAGUUGAAGUGAAUUGGUUGUUUGUUAGCAUGGCACUUGGGUUUAUUUGGGGAUUUUGGAGUGUAUUGAGUCCUCUUGUGGUUAGUCGGCAAUGGAGGCAUGCAUACUAUCAAUAUAUAGAUGAGAUGUGGUGGAAAGUCAGUAAUUAUGUGAGUGGAUUUUUCUAACAUUUUAUGUAUUUUUUUUUUUUUUUACAAGUGUAUUUCUCUUCAUGUCCUUGUGAUAUAUUACAAAGCAUCACCUCUUUACUUUUAAGCAAUAUUGUUUUGAUUGUUUGUUAUCUGCAAUGAAACAGUAAAAUAGCU